UGUACAGCUUUUGAACGAAAAUGGAAAAAAUACAUUGUGGAUUUUACGGUUCGAUUUUAUUCUUCAUUAUUUUACUGCAUUUCACAAAUGGCGAGCUGGACUACUCGAUUCAGGAGGAGGUUAAGCAUGGAUCUAUAAUCGGAAAUGUUGUAAAGGAUCUUGGGAUUGAUGUGGGUAGAAUGAUCGCUCGAAAAGCUCGCAUUCAGACAGAACGAAAUAGCAGAGGGUACUGUGAAAUGAAUCUUCGUACUGGAGACCUGACUGUCGCGAAGAGAAUAGACAGAGAAGAGCUCUGUGGAGAAAAGGCUUCGUGUGUUCUCAAAUUUGACCUUUUAUUGGAAUCACCUUUAGAAUUGCAUCGCAUAUCACUGAAAAUCGACGACAUCAACGAUAACAUACCACUGUUCCCGAAGGAUACAAUUAAACUGGAAAUUACAGAAUCGGCUGACAAAGGAGCUCGCUACCGCGUCAACGCGGCCCAUGAUGCAGAUAUCGGCCAGAACGGCGUUCAAAGCUAUAUUCUUAGGGAAAAUAAACAUUUUAUUUCAAAUACUCAAACCACAAGUGCUGGAAUAAAGUACGCUGAAUUGGUUUUAAAUCAAGAAUUAGACAGAGAAGAACAACAGGACAUGAAAUUAUUGUUAACGGCUCUGGACGGUGGAUCUCCUCAGAGAUCAGGUACUCUAACCAUAGACGUCACUGUGUUGGACGCUAAUGAUAACGCCCCAGUGUUUAGUCAGGCCGUGUAUGAGGCCAGCCUGCCUGAAAACUCUCCGUUGAAAACCCACGUGAUCACUGUUUGUGCUAGUGACGCAGACGAGGGCGUUAAUGGAGAGGUUACAUAUGAAUUUAACAAAAUGUCCGAUAAGUCACGAAAGCUAUUUUCACUUGAUCAGAAAACAGGUGACGUUACUGUUAUAGGUGACAUUGACUUUGAAGAAGGAUCGAAAUAUGAAAUAUAUCUGGAAGCAAAAGAUGGUUAUGGUCUCUCUACAGACACUAAAGUCGUUAUAAGUAUAACUGACAACAAUGACAACGUACCAAUCAUAUCUCUACAAUCGUUGACGAAUCCAGUGCCUGAGGAUGUUUCACCUGGUACAGAGGUUGGAAUAAUUAACGUGGAGGAUAUAGAUUCGGAUCAAAACCAACAGUUCCGCUGCUUCAUUCAGCAAAAUAUUCCCUUUAAACUAAUUCCCUCUAUAAAAAAAUAUUAUUCACUGGUGACCACGGAUAAGCUAGACCGCGAAUUAAUGCCUCAUUAUAAUAUUACAAUUACUGCUAUCGACGAGGGCUCUCCACCUCUUUCCUCGUUCAAAACCAUUCAAGUCUCUAUCUCUGACGUCAACGACAACCCACCUGUGUUUGAGGAACAGUCGUAUAGCAGCUAUGUCCCUGAGAACAACAAACCGGGCCACAGCCUGUGUUCUGUUAAGGCCCAUGACCCAGACUGGAGACAAAACGGUACAGUGAUCUAUUCUCUUUUACCUGGUGAAGUAAACGGUGCUCCAGUCUCCUCUUAUUUAUCUGUUAACGGAGACACCGGAGUGAUCCAAAGUAUCAGGUUGUUUGAUUAUGAACAGUUUAGGAGCUUUAAAGUCUAUGUUAUGGCACGAGACAACGGUUCUCCUCCACUCAGCAGCAACGUGACUGUGAGUGUCUUCAUAACGGAUGUAAACGACAACACUCCUCAGAUACUUUACCCCGCCCCAGAGGGAAACUCUUUCAUGACUGAACUGGUACCCAAAGAUGCACAAGGAGGUACUCUUGUUUCCAAGGUGAUAGCAGUUGAUGGGGACUCUGGACAGAACGCCUGGCUGUCCUAUCAGAUCAUUAAGUCCACUGAUCCUGGACUUUUCAAAAUCGAUCUGCACAGUGGGGAGAUAAGGACCCAGAGAGAUAUUUCUGAUUCUGACAACAUGAAACAGAACAUUGUAGUCGCUGUAAAGGAUAACGGACAGCCCUCCCUCUCUGCUACAUGUUCCAUGUUUUUACUGAUUUCUGAUAACUUGGCUGAAGUUCCAGAACUGAAGGACAUGGCUUAUGAAGAUAGCAGUUCUAAAUUAACAUCUUAUCUGAUCAUCGCGCUGGUAUCCGUAUCCACCUUUUUCCUGACUUUCAUUAUUAUCAUUCUGGGAUUGAGGUUUUGUCGGAGGAGAAAGCCCAGACUGUUAUUUGAUGGAGCGGUUGCUAUUCCCAGCUCUUAUCUCCCUCCAAACUACACAGAUGUGGACGGCACUGGAACUUUACGCAGCACAUAUAAUUAUGAUGCGUAUUUAACCACUGGAUCUAGAACAAGUGACUUUAAAUUUGUCACGACUUACAAUGACAACACACUGCCUGUAGACCAGACCCUGAGAAAAAAUGCAACAGACUUUGAAGAAGUGUUUGGAAACCUUGAUGUAUCCCCUGAGGUAGGCAUUUUAGCUGAACAAAUUGUUAUUAAACACUUAUGUUUCAAUUAGGAAGUUUAUUGUCAGUCUAUCGUAUUUAAUACAUUGUACUUCAUCUUAGGUCCAUCUGAAUUUUUUUUCAGUACACACUGCUUGAUGUUUCAAAAUGGCUUCUACACAUGUCUGUUAAAUCUUUACCCUCAUUGUGUUCUGUUUGUCAGCCCCUGUUGCACCAGUUUGAGCCUCACAUAAUGAGUUGUGCAUAAUCAUCAAAGCUGCACCAAUUGAAAAGCUCUGGUAAACUCUGAUAAUGUUAUAAGGAUGUUAAAAAUAAAGUACUGAAUGUAUUGCAAUCAAUCAUAAAGUUUAUAUUAUAAUGAAUAAUCAGAAUAUUGUCCUUACAAUACCAAUUAUAACUUAAUAUUUAAAUUAAAUGCAGUGUACCUCGGUUAUGAGUAUCAUAUCAUUUAAUAUUUAGAAAUACCUUUUCAAUGUGGACUUCACUAAGCAAAAUUCUGAAAAAGCAGGUCAACAGAUUGACAGAUUAUGUUAUUCUUCAUUUCAUACACCUCAUUGAGGUCGUCUAUUGAAGAGGUUUCCUGUUCAGGAUGUUAACAGUUGAUAGAUGUGGAUCUUUACUUACCAAUUGUGUGUGUGUGUGUGCCUGUGUGUG